AGCAGGUUAGUAUUAUUACAGUGGGAGGUGGGUUGAUCAGUGUCCAGCCUCAGUCUUCGUGUCGUUGUGCUCUUGCAGGUUAAUUCAUGUCAUACGAAAGAAACUAUAAUAAGAGAUAAAAAUGAUGAACUCGCCUCCAAUGAACGAUAACCUUAUUUUGUCUGAACAGUAUAUUUGGUGUUAGUGUAAACCAGUUUCUCGAGAAGGGUGGACGUACGCGAUAGUUCCUCCGCCUGUGAAGCGUCCUGGAACGUUACCAUGAUGAAGGCAAGAUCCAGGUACCGGUGAACAGGUGAACUGGCCUAAUGACGAUCAGUUGCCGGUUGACGCUCACCCUGAUCGGAUGUGUGAAGACGCUAAUGGACAGUGACUUGAGAGAAACACGAGGUGUAGCCUGAGACAUUUUGAGUAAACAAAGUUGUGAUGUGGCAGUGAAAGUAAGAUAUUUAAAGAACUUAUGCAUAUUUACUACGAAUAGAAGGCCUUUCAACUGCAAAAAAAUGUGUUCAACGGACUUCGGAAUGCUGGACCUCCUGUUUGAUAAGGAGGAUCCUACAUGCAAGGGCCUUGACGGGUUUAGGAAUACCCUGUUCAGCACUUCAGGAAGAUUUGACUCUGAGGAAGUGAAGGAGGAGGACCUGGACGGGUUUAGAAAUACCCUGUUCAGCACUUCAGAGAGACUUUACUCCCAAGAUGUGAAGGAGGAAGUCCUUGAUUCUGGUACUAUUGACUGGAAGAUGGUCAUGUCGCCACUGCAGACAACAACACUUGGUCAAAUGGUAGUGGAUGACCGCAUGUCGAGUGACUGGGACGCGGAUGAGCUGCUUCGCUCCGUCCUCAAUGGCAAUGACAUGUCAACGCCGAACCUCAACAACCCAACCCUGGGGUCUCUUGGUUCUUUGGACUCCACGGCCUCCACCCUGAGCACAUCUCCGCUCACCACGCCCACGCUGGAGGCUCCCGACGACAUGGACUCCUUGGAGAACCUGGUGGGUCUACCCUUCCACGCCGUCCUCGACUCAGGGGCGUCAGACUCCGGCAUGUCCAGCGACUCUUCCCUCGACCAACAGUUGUCGCCGCUGUCCGGGUACUCUGUGUCUUCACCAAGUUCUCUUGGCGAGAUGCGUUUGGGUGUAAGGUUGUCCUCACCUGACCCUGCACAGGAUGCCACUUCUGAUGUUUCAUCCACCAGUGACCUGGGAUCACUGGGCUCCCUGGGCUCCACUUCCCCCCACGGCAGCACAGUCGUGGCAUCCCCAUACAGCCCGGAGACCAUCUUAGGCAUCGACGACUUUAUCCACACCGAUUCAGGGUUCUCGUCGCCGGUGCCACAAACUGUGCCUGACUCGAAGUCUCCGGCGACGGUCACUGUGACGGCACCUGCGGUCACCACCACACCCACUUUUAUUACCAGACCCACCCUCAAUGCUAAGGUGACCUCGGUGUCCGUGCCCGUCACCGUACCUGUGUCCGUGACUGCCGCCUUGCCUUUGUCAACUCCUGUGACACAGGUGGGAAGCGUGAGUCCCCCGGUGCUGAAGACGGUGACGGUGGCUGCACCGGCCAGCACGGUGAGCACAGUAGGAGGCCAAACCAUUGUGGUGACCCAGGCUAGCAAGGGUACUCACAAUGCCCACCUGGUGCGAGGUGGCACACUACUUAAGUCAAAUCAGGCGUCCCGCUCCAUCCUUCUUCCCGUCACAGUCAAGGACCUCAACCAGGUGCGGACCAUCAAAAUCAUCAGCACGGGCGGUAACGGAAGCAUGGGCAGUCGUGGCGUGCGAACAGUUGUAUCCACAGUGCGGACUCCCAGCACCACCACCACCCUAAGCAACCAGUCCAUCCGCACUGCUCUCCUGGGCGCCGUUAGGGGACAGGAGUCCAAGUCUCUGCUCAAGGGUGGAGCUACCACUGUCUUGAGCACUGCACGCCCCACUACCACUAUCUCCUCCACUCAUACCUCCCCCACAAGGGUCAAGGUGGAACCGCAUGAUGACGACGACGAUGACGACGAUGACGACGAUGAUCAACCACACACGGCAUUUCAACAGCUGACACUCUCUGAUGAGGAGAAGCGGCUUCUGAAGAAAGAAGGAAUCUUGCUGCCCUCCCACUACCCACUGACAAAACAAGAGGAAAGGGAACUCAAGCGUAUCAGACGCAAGAUUCGCAACAAGAUCUCUGCACAGGACUCUCGUAAGCGCAAGAAAGAAUACAUUGAUGGCCUGGAAGACAGGGUAAAAGCUUGUACAGAAGAGAAUCAACAACUUCAGAAAAGGAUCCGUACCUUAGAAGCACAGAAUGAAUCAUUACUGGUACAGAUGAAAAGAUUCCAGAAUGCUGUUACUGGGGGAAGUAGUGGACGCCCACAGGCACAUGCAUCUACUGCCCUCAUGAUGUUGAUACUUUCAGCAGCCUUGUUCAUUGUGCCAUCACUACGCCAAGAUGGAACUGGAUCAGACAGUGAACUGUCCUUGCCUGCAUCCAAAAUGCCCUCUGCAGGUCAUUCACGUAGUCUGCUAGAGGCUGGAAAUGGUGCUAUUGUACCAAGUACCUUGGAGGUAUUGGAGGGUGUUGAUGAUGAACUGGCCUCUGACCUGGAGAAGCCAUUAGUGCAAGCACUGACUGACCAUGACUACACUCCUACAGCAAAGCGGCAGCGCACACUCUCCAAAACCCCUGCCUACUAUGUACCACCAUUGGAUGAUUUCCCACCACAGCAUGGAAAACCAGAUUCUGGCGGAGGGUUUCCUCCGGACGACGGCUCUGGAACAAAAUUAUCGGCCAGAAUAAUGGAUACUAUGGUAGACCAUAUAUCCAAUAAUUACUCUGACCCAGGGGGGAAACACAACGGUAACUCCCAAGCUGUUGUAGUGAACCUCGGCCAAAGUAGGAAGAGACUGAGGGAUGAUCUUGAAUUAGAGUGAUAACUUAAAAAGCUGGGGUGCAUUCUUAAUUAUUUAAUUUGAGGUGCAUGUAACCUCAGGUGGAUGUAGCUUAUUUGGGUGAUUCAUCCAUUUAAGUUGACCUGUGUGCUGGGUGGGGGGACCUGCCACAGCCGUAGAUGCCGCCACUACCCUAGAACCCCGUCCUUUAUCUUGGACUGGACAAAGUCAUCUUCCCAAUCUGUACUGGAGACCUUACCAGCAGUGCAAUACAUUUCUUUGCUAAAAUGAUGUAAGUUUGAUAAGUUUAGGCAGGAGGGAGAGGGCAGGCUUCUGCAGACUCGUGGUAUAGUGUAUAAGGUGCACUGUGUGAGAGUGAUGCAUCCCUGUAGUAUAGUGAGGGAACAGCAGGAACCAGUCACUGCAGGGCCUCGAGCUGAUGCCCUGCCAAGUUAGAAUGGGAUCAUGGGAUUUGAUCAUUAUGCCUGAUGGGUUUGCUUUGCUGUUAAGUUAUUAAACUUUUAUAACUUAAAAUAGUUUCUCUAUGUAUGAGGAUUAUUUCUUGUUAUUUAAAAGGUAAUUAAGAUGUUCAAUUAUUUGGACUAUUUGGAUCAUUGGAAGUUUUUCUUUAGUUUGAUUUUCCUCUUUGGUAGAUGUUGAACCAUUUACCAAGCAUCUUAAUUUCCUUAUAAAUCUAUUUUAUUUUUAUUUUCAGUCCUUAAAAAUAUUAGGACAAAUAUUUUCCUUUAAUAAUUAAUGAAAAUUACAUUUUUGUCUGUUAAAACUUAAAGGAAAAUUUGAAACUUCAUAUUUAUUGAUAUAUGAUGUGUAAUAGAACUUAAUAUAUUGUUAAACUUUAGCAUAUACAUUAAUUGAUUUUAUUUUUCAUGUGAUUUUCAUGUUUUCAGUUCGUAUUCAGGUGUAAGAUGACACAGAAUACAGUUCAUCAAUUUGUUAUGGACCAAUGCAAGUUAUUUCAUCAACCAUUUCAUUUCAUGCAAGUUUGUUAUUAAAGUAAAAGAAAUAAAAGACUUCAUAUCACUGUCAUGUGCUAUGUGAUCAUGUUUUGUAGAUAAAAUUAUAACUGAAUAAAUAUAUUUUAAGGCA